ACGCGGAGGCGCGCCUAGCACGCCGGCGUCUUCCCUGGUCCCCCGUCACGUGACGGGACACCAAGGCGGUCACGUGAGGCAGGCGCAGAGCGCGCGGGCGGGGCCCGGCCGGGACCGGCUGAGCUCAGCUGGGCAGGGUGGUCAUGCCCAAAUACUGCCGGGCUCCCAACUGUUCCAAUACUGCGGGCCGGCCGGGCGCGGACAGCCGCCCCCUGAGCUUCUGCAAGUUCCCCCUGAAGGACUGGCGGCUGCAGGCCUGGCUGCAGCACAUGCGCCGUGAGCACUGGGUGCCCAGCUGCCACCAGCACCUGUGCAGCGAGCACUUGGCGCCCUCCUGCUUCCAGUGGCGCUGGGGCGCGCGCUACCUGCGGCCCGACGCGGUGCCCUCCAUCUUCUCCCGGGUGCCACCCAGCAAGGUGAGCGCUGGCCGGCGGCGGCGGACGAGCCGAAGGCGGGAGAAACCAGCUGCGCCGCCGCCGCCCGCGAGAGACCGCAGCCCUGCCCUGAGGCCCCGCGGCCCGGCCUCUAACCUGGUGCACCUGUUGGUGCUGGGGCCCGCAUCCCGGGUCUCGGAGGCGGCGGCCACCGUGCUCCUGACCCCACUGCCCCUUCCGCCCACUCCCGCGGGGCCGCGCCCUGGCGUCACUGCCCAGCGCGCCGGGGCUGGGCUGGGCGCGGUGUUGGGAGCGCUGCAGCGGCGGGUGCGGAGGCUGCAGCGGCGCCACGCGCGGCACCAGGCGCAGCUGCGGGCGCUGGAGCAGCUGGCGCAGCAACUGCGCGGGCAGAGCCUGUUGGCGCGAGCGCGCCGGGGCCUGGCGCGGGCUGCGAGUGCGGCCCGGCAGCCCCACAGCGAUGAAAAAACGGAGGCACAGAGCAUUCCUUUCCCGGGACUUGAGGAAUCCCAAACCAUCCCUGUCAUCUGUGGAGGGCCUGAUGUGGCCGUGGUCCUGGCCCAGGGCCCUGAACCUCCCACGCUGGCUGCCAAGCCUGAGCUUCAGGCCACUCGGCUCCCCCAAUGCGUAAAGCCCAGCACAGAUGCUGUGGAGAGACAGAAGACAGAAGAUGGAGGACAGGAGACGCCUUGUGCCUGGGCUUGGCCCAGCCCUGCUGCCCGUGUCUGCGGAGCACCAGAGCCUCCCUCCAGCACUGGAUUUCCACCACCCCCUCCUGGAGACCUCAUGAACCUUAGAGGGGACCUGGACCCAAGUCCCCUGAGCACUGGGCCCCUGCUACCCGCAGCUCCAAUCUUUCCAGUCAGUGAUAACCUCUGAGCAGAACCAGGGUCAGGGUUUGGGGACAGGAGAGUUGCUCCUGGUCCUGCUGAGCCCCUCAUGCCCUUUGCCGGGCUCAGUGCCAAGCUGGGGACCCAGCAGUGUGCAUGGCCGGAAAGCAUCCCUGCGCUCGGGGGCUUGCAUUCGGCUUGGGCAGAAGAGGAGCUGGCAAACUAAUCAACCAGGUCGCUUCAGAGCGUGAUAAACGCUGUAAGGACUGAGUGGAAGUGUAACUGAGAGGCGGGUCGGGGGAGAGGGCUCCCUGGGAAGGUGACUUGGAGCAGAGACCUGGCUGAUGAGGAGGAGCUGGCCUGGAAGGCGUGUGGGCCAGCAGUGCAGGGGAGGCGCAGCUCCUCAUGCCCAGCCCAGUGUUGCUGUGAACACUGAAGGAAGGAAGGGGGAGGCAGGGGGACAACUUUAGACAGAGCAGAGAAGGUGUCAUUGAAAAGACACCAGCACGAGUCAGUGAAACCCUGAGAGGGCAGACGGGGAACCAUGCAGGGAUCUGGGGGAAGAGCAUUCCAGACAGGAGGGACAUCCAGCGCAAAGGUCCUGGGGUAAGGGAGGCCAAGGGGCCAGUAUGGCUGCGGUGGAGUGACCAAAAGGGAGCGGGACGAGGUGAGAUGGAAGAGAUGACAGGCCAAGUCCACAGGGCCGUGGCCUCAGUUGAGAGCACUGGCUUUUACCUGGAACAAGGUGCAGCAAGCAGAUGCCUUCGAGUCAAGGGGAGCACGGAUGCGACAGGUGUUAGUAGGUCCCUGUGGCUGCGUGCAGGGAGCAGCCCUGGGGGGUGGGGUGGGGGAGCAGAGAGAGCAGGGAGGUGAUGACAGGCCAGGAGCAAAGUCCGGGGCUGGGGGAGGGGUCAUGAGGAUGAGGGGAGGAAAGCAAAGCCACCCAGCCUCCUUCAGGCUGGGGUGAGGUGGGGCAGAGCAGGCAACAGGCAGCCUGGGGGUGAGGCCGAGCCAGGAGGCCCAGGUUCAGAGAGGGCUGAAGGGGUCUGCUGGCAAGUCUGCCCCGGGGCUUUGCUAAGGCCAUGUGCAGGGGUUAAUUUUCAUGUUGGCUCCAUCACUUACUGGCCGCGCACCCUUGGGCAGAGCAGGCGGCUUAAAACGCCGCGGGCCUGAGUCAACGCUGUGUGAGCACUGAAUGAGUGCGGUGAGGGCACCGUGGUGAUGGGCGUCGACGCCCCGUGUAUGUAGGUCGGGCGCGGAGAGGGGUUAGGUCCGAGGUUCCACACGGAACACCCAGCACCGCCGCACACUGAGCCCCUGGCUUUCAGCGGCCUGCCUGCAGUGCGGGCAGCGGUUCCGGAGGCC